AAAAACUCAAACAACAAUGGCGACCGAAGAUGAUCCAGACAGCGAACGUGCUUCAAAUGUCCUGGGCUUUUGGCGAUGAAUGAAGGCAGCGAAAGUGUUGCCCCGUGGAGCAAUGCCUCAGUUUUACCUCUCUUUCUCGUGAUUACAACGGAACGCGAGACAAGCUCAGUCGCUCAGUACCAUGCAUGCAGCCGAGGGGACGUGGACUCUUCCAAGUCAGGGAGAGUUUUCCCUGCUCGAUCUAGAUGCAGAUAACAUUAAAACUGUGGAAGAGACUACAAAGCGGAUUCAGGAAAACCUUCACUCUUCUCGUGAUUCAGGGUUGUUAAAUACCAUGAUGGAAUAUUAUUUAAAAACGCGUUCCCCUACAUGUUUGCAGAUUUUGAGCGGCAUCCACGAAGCGCGAGCUCAGGUAAACUGAUCUGCGACAAUUGAAUUUUUUUCUGAGAGGCUUUGUUCGUUAUCCGCUGGCAUAUCUGUUUCUACAAUGUGCUCUAGCUGUAUGUUGUUUUCUCUUCAAAGGCAUUAUUUGAGAAAAUGAACGAAUGCCUGAAACAUGCGCCGUCCCGUUUGGACACCCUAUCGCUACUAGGUCAUAUUGUGCGAAGGCAGGUAAGGGUAACCAUGGUAGGAAUUUGAAAGUAUUUCCUCAGGAAAUAACGUAUCCUUAGUUUUUUAGAUUAAAUAAAUAGCUAUAGAGUCAUGCUGGAAUCGUAAGAGAUGUCUUUUCCAUCCAUGAAAAAUAGAAUUCGGUAGCUUUGCAAACUGAAACACGUGUUGCAUUUAGGUCUAUUAUUAGUUUACGAUCCGGAAGUUGGGAUCACGUUUGGUUUACCAACUUGCCUGCUCUUUAUCACUCUUUUAACACCUACUUCCUCGUGCACUAUCGUCAUUGGUUGAUUUUCGCUCAAAAUUUGUCAUUAAAUCCCGCAAAUUGUUAAACUACAGAGAUAGGAAGAGGUGUCACUAUUAUUUUUAGUAUUUGUAUAGAGUCCCUGUGGCUCAGUGGUGGAGCAUUGGUGUGUGGGAUCCGAAGGUCUGAGGUUCAAUUCGUCAUGGGGGCCAAGAAUUUUUUCUUUGUUCCACAAUAGUGACAUUUUUCUCAAUUUCUUUACUAAAAACUUACCAUCUCUCUUCUUCUAUUUACAAACACGAUGCUAUUGACAUUGCUGAUCCUAGCAGUAUGCAGGACGUUUGUCAUAUGAACUUCGUAAUAGACCUCACUGACUGCAGAGUUUCUGUGGCUCAGUGGUAGAGCAUCAGAGCAUGGAAUCUGAAGGUCUGAGGUUCGAAUUGUCUUGGAGAAUCAGAAUUUUUUCUUUGUCCCCUGCUUGUCAUAAGACAAAACACAUCUUUCUCAAGAUGAUUCCUGUUGCCAUGGAUCUUCACAGUUACUUUUGAAAUAGAAAACCGAUGUCAAAAUGUGGUAAGAAUGUCAGUGACACAUUUGGCUGUACCUUGUGUGACACUUUUUGCACUUACCACAUUUUGACGUCAUCUGUGAUCUAAUGCUGAACAGAUGUACAGCAACAUGCAGUCUAUUUGCUUACUUCUCAAUUGCUUGUCACAGUCAGGGACAUUGAAUUUUUGGGUCAGUAGGAACACGAAAAACUAUUGUUAUAGUGAGGAAAACUGCACUUUGCAAGAUAUCAGUGGACAAAGCAGCCUGUGCUAUCUGACUAGAAACCUAAAACUUACAAAUUACUCUAUAUAAAUCCCUGACCAUGAUGGUAUCUCUGCAUAAAGUUGCAAGAUUUUCUAUAGGACCCAAGACUUCAUUAGGAUACAUUUCUUUGACAGCAGGAAACAAUUGCAGUAAACAAUUCAAAACGUUACCUUUUGGGAGUGAGCUCUUUUUUAUGAAUAGCAUGGGGUUAUUCAGAAAAUAUUCCCAAAAAAUAUAGAUGUAUCUGCUUUUCAGUAUAGAAUUGUUUAUUACUAAGAAAAUGAUGAAUCAAUUGUUAUUUAUGUUUGUGUCACAAAAUGUUGAGUUUGUUAAGUUUGCAUUUCAUUGCAGCCUUCCUGGUUGUACAAGAUUAUAGACACAUCCUUGUUUGAAAGUCUCUUGAAGUGCAUGAAGGUAAAGGCAAUCUUUUGUCCCCAAAAUACAUCACAUCCCUUGCUUCACCAGGAAUAAUUACUGUUCUGCAUCGCUUCUCACUUUGCAGUUUGGGAGAUGCAGUGGGAUAAUGCUUAAUUUGCUGCACUCUUGGCAGAGAGUUCCAAGUAUGAGAACUGGCUGGGUUAAUGUGUUGUGUUUUGGGUAAAACACUUUACUCUCACAGUGCCUCUGUUCACCCAGGAAUAUAAAUGUAUGAAUGGAUACUGCCAAAUUGUCAGGGAAGCCUGAUGAAAUGUUGGUAACUUUACAAUGGAAAAGCAUCCCAUCCAGGUUGAGGGGGGUGGUGAUACUCCUUGUCACUCCAGGAUAAUAAAAAUGGGAUAUGCUCUAGCUGGCAUCACUUGGCUUUAGAAAAGUACCUUUUUUUUCACUUGGAAACUUUUCUAUCACCAUGAGGAAUAUUUUUGGGAUAAAAUUAGAGUUUGAUGUUUUAGGACAGAGGUUUUUUCUUUUUAGGAUUUCCAGUACUUUGUCCCUAAAAUCUAAUUUUAACCAUGUCAUCUAUUGGCCUUGCUUUGAGCAUGAUCCUUCAAGUGAAGAUCUGGGGAACAUUCCCACUUGGCUUUCAAGAUGUUUCAAUAAUGAAGAGGAGAAGCAAGAUUCCUUUAAGAAGCUGUCUUAGUCCCAGAGUCUUCCUAUAGUCAAACUCAUGUCACUUGAUUGUGUUAAUUCUUUAGAGUGAUCAUGUGAUCUAAUUGUCUGGGCGAGGGUAGUCCUGAGAAGGACUGUUGUGGGUAUUAGUGUCUGAUCUUUCCAGAAUCUGAGCAGAAGUCAUCCUCGAGUCAACAAUCAACAAAAGUCCUUCUCAGGACUACCUUACCCAAACUAUUGAACUGCAAGAUCAUAAGUUACCCCUGGGUUCAAACCAUCUGCUGUUUUUGAAAAGGUUCUUGUAAAUUGGCUGAAGAAAUUCAUUAUUUCACUUGUAGGGAGAUGAAGAUGUGUUGGUUUUAACAAGUGGUGUUUUAACCAUUACAACUUUGUUACCAUUGGUACCAGCCUCUAUUGGUCAUUGUUUACAGGAUUUGUUUGAGAUAUUCUCCAGACUGUCCUAUUUUAGAGUUCGUCAUUCAGGUACAAUGCUUUUAUAAUUACCUGUAUACAUAAUGCAGUUCAUGUAGUUUUGAGUAAUAAUCAGGUAAAAGUGAUUUUAAGCAAACAUACUUAUCCUGUUUCUGUCAUUCGAAUGAGUCACCACCACACCCAACAGAUUGAUUGACAGUCAGCAUCACAAACGGUUCAGAGGGAAAAUACUAAUCACAUUCCAUUCACUCUCACAUUCCACCCUCACAACCCUUCAGAUUGAUCUAUCAUUCUUAACAACUUUAAAUAACUUCAUAAUGACUAAGAGACUGGUACUAUCUUUUCACAACCUAAUCUACGGCAUGAAAAUAUUCUGGUUUUUGAAAUGAGCAAUCAGAUCAUCCAUAUUCUGCUAUGAUGGGUGUUUCUAUGUAUAUUCUAUUCACAUCUAAAAGCUGAGUCAUGAAUACAUCCAUUUAAUGACUGCAAGGGAAAAAAGUCAGUGUUUUUCAGAGAUUUUCAGCUGUCAGCUGUGCACUGUAGCAUUAGCUGGCAGGAGACAAAUGAAUGCUUGAAAGGUAUCAAUAAAUUAUUUAUUAUGCUUGUAUCUACCAUCCUUUUGGGUACCUACAAAGAUUAAGCAAAGGUUAAAACAUUAUUUCAGUUCAAGAUGUGCAUUUAACUGUUUUGGCUUAAUUUAAGUAGCUAGCACUUUGAAAAAGAGUAGCCAGUGAAAACACCAUUUUCUGGUGUUUCUAGAAAAUGUUGAUAAAGGCCUGAAUGAGUGCUGAUGGACAAAUUGAGGAUUUUAAUUCGCAGCAAAAGUCACUUGAGGUUUAACUGCAUGUAUCCCUUCAUUUUGUAAUGAAAAUGAGUCAAGGCAUUCUUUCUUUGUUGAUUGCCCAGGUAAUGCCCCAGAAGUGCACCUCCUCCACCUUCAUGUCGCAGUAUACAUGUUUUUUCAUCGUCUGUAUGCCAUGUAUCCUAACAAUUUCCUGGCAUAUCUGAGAGCAACCUACAGUAAGCCUUCCAAACAGAAACUUUUCCAGAAGGCAAUCAAGGUGAGGAUCUUAAUUUGAGUCUGGGUCUUUUCUUCAAAAUUUAAGUUUCAUUUAGCCACAGAGUUUUGAAAAACAGUCUGUAGUCAGCCAACCUUUCCAUUGCUUUACAAUUUUUUCCAGCAACUUUAGUCAUCAACUUUCAAAACCCUUUUACUCCCAAGAUCUGAUAAGUAAUUCUCUCCUCAAGCUGCUACAGAUUUCCUUAUAAAUUAGUUACAAGAAUUUGGAGUUAGAUCAAGAUAACAACUUCUACAAGAUAAGUUUGGGUAUUCUUAUGAACUAUAUGCUGGAUUUUGUAUGGUUAUUAUUGGGAAAGUUAAAAGUUAAGUACUUCUGUGAGUUAAAAUGUUGAGAUAUGUAAGAAGAGACAACUUAUUUCACAUACAUUGUAACUUAUUCCACUUAUGACCCCAUUGGAGCAUGGUCCAUGGAAACCACCGUUCAACUCACCCUGUUUUGAGAGAGUUUCCCCUGUUGUCUCAAGAGUUGUCUUGCCUUGUCACAUGUAGGACUCCUCUAGGUGUUACCAGGAUCAACAUCACUCCUUUCGUUGAAUAGAUCUCACCACAGAGCUUGAUUACAUUUGUGGUUGGUUUCUUGAGCAUACACCUUAUUUAGUCCCACUUCCAUCUCCCUAUAUAAUGUUGACAGUGUAUUUUGACUUCAGAUCUUAAUACCCAUAACAAAAAUGUACAUAAAAACCUGGUACAUACUUUUUGUUUUAUCUUCUUAGCCAAUGAUGGAGCAUGUGAAACUUCACCCAUGUAUUAUUACAGAAACUGUGCACACCGAGACGGAAAAACACAGGUUAGCUGGUGAAUAAACCAGUGGUGAUACUAGUUUUUAGCAUACAGGUUUUUUGGUUUGACGUACUAUUUUUGCAGGUACUUGUAAUAUCCUAUAUCUCAGGGUUGAAAGGUUGAUCCAAGGUAUGUCACAUUUUUGAGAGUGGAAUUAAACCUUUAAACUCUGAAACAGGUUGAAUUUCCCUUUAACCUACAUGUAUACUCCCAAACUCAUUUUUUGGGAGAUGCAGUGCCUCCCCUGCUUGUCUCAAUUUUGGUCUGCAAGAUGGCAUGGACACAUUGGCAGUUAACAACAUUGGAAGGGGUGAGGGGUGAAAGAAGAUCACAGGUGUUGAUCUGAAGAAGUGUUCCAACUAAUUUUGUCUAGGAGUGUAGUGAAAAGGAACUUGUGUUGCACAUCACUGUUGGCUACAAAGUGGUGUAUUCUCAUUCUGACUGUAUUUUCCAUGUGAUCCAGGUGGCGACAAAAAGAGCCUCACGAUAUUGUGAUAGAAUGCAUGAAGCUGUCACUGGACCCAGUAGACAGAAUGCAAGAGAAGGGAAGUUUAAUGUCGUCAUGGACUUUCAAGCAUAGUCACCAAGACCUUUUUGUAGACAAAUCCAUCAGCUCUGUAUUGACAACAUCAGGUGAUAGUCAAGGACCUGAACCAAGCAGAUUAAAAGAACGUCGCAUGUCAGACUCUGCAACACAGACUGGCAAAUCUCUACAAAGUGGUGACAGUGGCACUGGGUCUGAAAGUUUGCCAAUUAUUGCUACCGACAGGAUUGAGUUAAAUGCAACUCCUGGCUGGAGUCCUUCUGAUGUUUGUGGGUUAAACACCCCACCAUCAUCUCAGAUGUCGCCUUCAACAAGCUAUCCCGAUCUAGUAGCAUCCAUACCUAUCCAGUCUCACUGCAGUACCCCAGGAAUAGUUUACACCCCAGGGCAAUCCCCGACAACAUCUCUAGGGGAAGACUUACAAGGAUAUUCAAGCUCACCUUCAGUGACUGCUGGCAGUAGAGGAAAGUUUGUGACUUCAGGGGGGAUGAACUAUGGAAAGGGGAAUUCAGUUAAAGGUGGGAAGGCUGCUAUUCAAGAGGGGCCAUUAACCAGAACUUUAAUAUCAUUGUUAGCUGAGCAAAGUUAUGAUUCAACCCCUGCAGCCAUUGGGGAACAACAGACAUCAAUGCCAGGGAAUUCAACAAAAUGUGAGAAAGACAACUUUGAUGCAGCUCUAUCUGAUAGACAAAAUUUAUUGACUUCUCCAAAUGCUGAUGAAGUACAUGAAGAGAUGUUUAAUGAGGAUCCCUUGACUUUAAAUACAGAACAAUUUCAAUUAUCAAUUAUUUCUCCUAAGGAGGAAUUUAGAGACUCUAAUGACCAAAAGGAUUGUGAUCCAGAUGCAAGAAAACUUGAUACAGUUGAGUCAUGGAAGGAUGCUAUGUGUAGUGAUGUUAUGGAAGAUGCAUUAACCCCUGUAUGUGGUCGAUCUUUAGACGCAGAAACAUUAUCAAACACACCCAUUAAUGAAACCAAUGAAUCCACAAAUGUUUGUUCUUGUAUAGAAGUUCAGGACACAGAGAGUAGUGAUAUAUCAUAUGCUCGUGCUGUCCCUAAUGUUUCAUCAAUGAGUGAAGAAGCAAGAAAGUCUUUAGUGACUGUACCUGAUUUAUAUGUACACCAAGAGCAAACAAAGUUGGGAGAAGUGGACGAAAAUGAAACAAGCCUGAAGUGGGAUGAAUGCUCCUUAAAUGUUCCCAAACCACAUGCUCUAAUUCAAGCUGGGCUGCAGGACCACCUUCCAUUGCAAGCAUGGGACUUGAUUGCAGCUUUUCCACAGCUGUUGCCAUUGUUUAGAAAUGAACAGGAGCAGACUGUUAACAGUACUAUGGCUGACAGAGAGGACUUGGGAACACAACCACAGAUGCAUUGUAUAACUCCAGUUGAGAUUCUUGACAAUUACCUGAAAACAGGCAAGGGCAUACACAAUGGUGAACUCACAAGGUAAGAAUAUGUCCAUCUCUACUUACGUUUUGUUCUGAUUGUUAUCUUGCCAUGAAACUUCUAUCAUAAAUUUUCCCAUCUUGUACUGGAUUUUUAAAAACCUCCUCCCAUUCCAGUGUUACUCCCACUUCCUCCAACACCCCUCCUGUCAAGAACACUCUCUGGCUGAAUGUGAUAAUGCCAUAACCAAGGUAUUGGUAUCCACAGUAGUUAAUCAAGUUGAUAGAUUUUAUGAUAACUAUAGGUGAGACAACUCAAAGAGAAAACAGUGUAGAAAACUGUGAGGGAAAAUGCGAUUGGUUUCAUGGAAGCCUUGCAUUUCUUUGUCUUAAGGUCACCAAAGUAUCUGUUGCCAGUCACUUUCAGGCAUAGCAAAACUAAAAGGAUUUUUGAUAUAAUUUUAAUUUUGAGGUCAGUUGAUAAUUUUGUGAUUAUUAUACAGGAUUCCUCUUGUCAAUCAAGCUGGUACAGUUUGGACUCAUUUUGGAGGUAUAACCUGAUUUUACAUUUCUGGUUUAGUGAUCAGUGACUUCCCAGAUUAACACUUCCUCUGGUUAAUUGUGAAUUAAUUCAUUCCCAACAGAAAUAACCAAUGAUGGCUUAUACCUUUUAUUGCUAUCAUGGCUACAGUGAUAUUGUUUUUAAAUUUGCAGGUGAUCCUCCAGUAGAUGAAGUAGAGAUCUUGAGAGGACAAGUGAAGUUGCUUCAUAAUCAGCUAUUGUUUGAGCGACACAAGUGUGAUCUUCAUGCUAUCCGUAACAGGAGACUUGUAGGGAAGACACUCAAGGCUGUACAGUAUCAGGAAGAACUUCAGGCCACGGUAUGUUUUUGAUCUUCCCUUUUUCUCAAAAUAUAGGGUCCAGUUGUAUAAAGGGCAGAUAAUGCUAUCCAAUAGAUAAAUUGCUAUCCAGUAGAUAAGUGUUAACAAAACAUACUUGGCAGUCUACUGAAUAGAGAUUUAUCCAGUGGAUUAUGUUAUCCGCCCUUCGAACUACUGUGUCCAGACCCUCAGUGGAGCCUCUCUUUGCUACACCUCUUUUCUGGGGACACCUACGCUCAUCUCUCUACAUUCACCACUUUUCUGGGGACACCUACAUUCAAUGGAAGCAAACUUUGGUCUUGAAACUAAGUUCAUGUAGCUUUUGUAUUUGCUACCUUUGUGGAAGGUACUCUGCUAGUGAAAAAAAAAAUGUUGAAUGAAAAUGUGUGAUCUGGAUGAAACAGGGGAAGUCAUUUAAAUGCAGUUUUUAGAGUUAUCCUUGCCCCUCCAUCCUAAUGUUUGAUGGAAGUUGUUGACUGUCUGGCCUGGGACCACUAACUGAAGGGAAAUGGUGCACCUAUAUUGAACAUGUAAUUUACUUGUACUUGUUUUUGUGUUAUAAUUGUAGAAAGAUCAGCUGAGACUACAGGAAGAUAAAAUGAGGGAACUUACUGAUGCACUCAAUAAUAAAGUGGAAGAAAACAGGUUUGGCAUGAAGUUGGUUGUAGUUACAUACAUGCAUCUAGGGGGUUAGUCUCUUAAAGAAACUGGUGCUGGGUCAAAAGGUGUAUUUCAAGAUAAUUGGGGUUUAUCAACUGAGUUGAUAAUAUGUAUUGGCCACCAUAAAGAGAUUCUAGAAUCUCCUUGCAGUGGUUUAUUCACAUCAACAGCACAGCUGAUGAAAUCAAAGUAUCUUGUUACAUAUAUCUGGUAAUUACUUUCAGUUGUAAACCCCCAUAAUGUCUCUAGUAGUAUUUUUGUUUUAGAGAUUUAUGUCCGAAACAUUUUAUUUCCUUUGCAACAAGCAGGAAAUUUAAAGGAAUCACUUCUGCAUGGGAUCAACAACAACGGAUGCAGCUGAGGUGAGAUGUUAGCCGUUUCUGUAGGAAAAAAGUUCUGACAUGAGACAAGACCUAGAAUUACUUUAACCCUUCAACUCCCAAGAUCUCAUAAGUAAUAUUAUUCUCCUUACUGUCUGCCAAAUGAUUCUCAUUAUGUUAGUUUGGAGAAUUUGGUGUCAGAUCAAUUAGUAAUCCCAUAAUUUAUAUUUUUCCUUAUUCUCCUCACUUGUCUGUAUGGUACUGUGAAGAUAAUAGUAAGGAGAAACUCUGUCUUGGUCACUUGUGGAAGUUUAAGGGUUAAGUUGUUAUCUCACAGGGACCUGAGUCAGUCAUGAGCAAAGAUGUUGUACGAGUUAGUGGCAUGUUGUUUCCAGUUGUAGUAAGAGUAAACUGGGUUUGGUGGAAAUGUAACUUGCUCAGCAGCUAGGGGCAGUGAAUCUUUUAUUGCAUGAAUUGAACAAACAAGAAAAGCUUAAUCAUAUGAUUUUAAUAAAUCACCAUAUGAUUUUAAUUUUUAUUUAACCCUAUAACCCCCAGAAGUGAUUAACAUGUAAUUUCUCCCUGUAAUAUCCACACAUUAUCCAGCAAACUAGUGAUGAGAAUACUCCAACUUAUCAGGUUGAAGUUGUUUUUUUGAUCUAACAUCAAAUUCUCAUAACAAAUUUACAAGGAAAUGUGUAGCAGCUAGAGGAGAGAAUUAAUGAUCAGAUCUUGGGAGUUUGAUGGUUAACAAAAUAGUUGGAUACAAAAUGGUAAACAAAUGGUGGCAGUCUAGGUGAGGAAAACACAGAAAGAGCAAGAAAGGAUGCUUAACUAGAAGCAUCCAUGUGAUAACAGAAGAGUAUAAUAUGCUAUUCUGUUAUUUAUCCUUCUUAUGCAGCAGCCAGGAUUGGAGUGGCUCUGACUAUUUCUCAUGUAACAUAAACAUGUUUUCUUUACUUUGUGCCUUUUAGUGAUUUGUCGAAAGAGAAUACUCAGUUGAAAAACACGCAAAGGGAACUCCUUGAGAAGCUUGAAGUGCAGCAGAAAGAUUUUGAUACAAAGCAAACUGUAAGUGGUGAUCAUGUUAAAUUUGAAUGCUUCUUGUGCUUGCAUAUGAAUGCAACAAAAAAAGCUCUUGGAGCCAGCUCGUUCAUGUUAUGGCUAAAGUUUGUAUUGAUUUCUUGGACUCGUUGAAGGUACAGAGGUAUAUAGGAAAAGGAAAGCGAAAACACCACUGUGACACUAAUCAAACAGGGACUGUAAGAGAUAAGACUUUGGGUCAAGACUAACUCAUUAACUUGGCGAAGGAGAUUUCUUUCUAAAUGCCGCACAAACUCUUCAUUAUGCAAGCAUAGUGGAAAGUUUGUUUUCUCUGACAUUUAUUUCUGGAUCCUCAGAUACUAAUUUUAUUAGUUACCCCAUUAUUGGUGUGAAUAAAGUAGACCUCAGCAUGGGAAGAGAUAAAUUUUUUUUGCCCCAGUAGCAGCACAGUGGGUAGAGCAGAACAUCAGUAAAGGAUGGCCUCUCUAAAGGGAUUGUCUCUUCAAAGUGACCACUUUCCUGAAUCUUAGAAGUCAAUUAGCCCUGUCAUAAUGACUCUUUGCCAUUAAUUGUAUGUUAUGUAUGAUAUACAUACACUUGUUGCUAUUGUUGACAAAGAGUGUUAUGUAAUUUCAGGAGGUUAACCAGGCAAGAGCUAGAAUAUUCACAUUGGAAAAAGAGUUAGAUCAUCUGAAAACAUGCUUAGCAGAAAAAGACCGGCUAUCAGAUCAGGUACAGCAAAUGUAUUUAACAUGACACCUUUAACUGUUGCCAUCUGUUGCUGGUUUAUUUUUUUUUAUCACCUUUACUUUUCUAAUGAUGAUGUUUUGCAUCAUAAAUUUUGAAUGACAUUUCUUUGAAUUCAUUUUAGUAUCCUUGUUUGCAGUGCUUUAAACUGAUUAUUAACUGUGUUUAAAAUUCUGCUUUGGAAAGAUGAAAUGAAUACUUGGAUGAUAUGUUUCUGUUUUUCGAAACGUCCUUGCUUUUAAUUUGAAUUUAUUUUUUUUUGUUUAUUUAAAUUGUAUUGCCAUUACUACUUUUUAUUAGCAUCAUUUGAAAAAGGAAGUAAAAACCUGUCACCUUUGUAGAUAUGGGGAAAUGUUUGGAUACUGAACUAACAAGAAAUCUUCAAAUUAUUAAAGGAGAAAUUGAUUUUCUUUGCUGGUAAUUUAGUGUUAACAACUGAGUUGAAAAUGUAAAUCAGCCACCACAAACAGUAAAAAAGCUGAUGUUUCAAGCGUUAGCCCUUUGUCAGAGUGAUAGAAGGGCUAAUGCUUGAAAUGUCAGCUUUUUUUAACUCUUUGCGGUGGCCAAUUUACGUUUUCAACUCAGUUUUUAACACUAAAUUACCUGCAGCACCACAGUUUCUUUAGAAACUUACCCCUGAUUUUCUUUGCUGCAUGUUCAGAUGGAUCACCUUGUCAAGGAACACCUGAUCAUGGGAGAAUUAAAUCAACAACAGAAAGAUACAAUUAAGAAACUUAGUCUGCUUGAGGGACAGAAUCCGGAAAGCAGCAUGCAGUUACAUAGUUGUCACAGGGAACUAGGAGGUAAAGAUGUGAAAGCUGUUUUUUAGAGCUGUGAUACUGAUAGUGUGGUACUGUGCAAAGACAGUUAUUAUUGGACUUGAGACAUCUGAUGAUAAUUGGGGGUUCGUUAAAUCACAAGAUAUUUAGAGUUUUUACUCAACAGGUAGAUCAUUAAGGCAUCCCUAAAUCAAACAUGAAGGUCAUGAGAUUAAACAAAAUGGUUGCCAACUUAAAAAAAGAGAGAAAGUAAUGAUUGUUAAACAAAUUCUCCUUGUCAGCACUAUAAGAAGUGAGUAGAAUAUGCAAACUAAUUAUGGGGCACAAAAGGUUGAGUUAUUAAUUACAGUAUUUGAAAAUUUUUUUAGACUAUUGGUAAGGUACUUCUACUUGAAUCCUGAUCCAAAGGUUUUUGCAUCUUAUAUGUAUGUUUACUUUCAGCUGCCAAACAGACAGUGAAAAGGCAGAAAGCUGAACUUGAAGCUCUGAAUGCAAAACUUGCAGAUAUAGAAUCACUUACUAAUAGCAAGGUAUUCAGAUAUGUUGUGCCUAACAUUUUUGUCAACCUACAGUGAAAAUGAGUACAGGAAGUUAAAGAAAGGAAUAAGUUGUCAUUCUUCUCCAACAUAGUCGCUUAAUUUUUUUAUCUAUUUAAUGGACGUUUGGAUCCCUGAGGUUUUUUUGUCCAAUGUACAUUAUAUGUAGAGGCAUUUGUAAAGAAUGAAGUACAGUAAGAUACACAUGUAAAUUUAGAAACUAGUCAGUUUCAGCUGUCAAGUGUCAUUGCUCUUUUGGAUAAUAGAUCAGCAAUUAUCUUAAUGUUCUCUCUCUCUUUGUUUGUUUUUAUUUCUGACACUUGAUCAAUACAGUUUUGAUCUCCAUCUUUGCAGGAUAUUGAAAUCAGAGAAUUAAAGAAAUUCUCUGAACUGUUGAAAGGAACUUACAAUGGAAAAAUAGAGGUGAUCGUUUUGAGAACGGUUCUGUCAUUGUUGUUGUUGUUUUUUGUAAUUGUUUUGUGGCUGUACAUUUAUUUACAUUAGAUUUAUUAUAAUUAAUCAGCGAUAUUGUAAUUAUGAUAGCUCAGCUGAAAAUUACUUGCUAUGAACAAAUGAUGUAAGUAGCAACAAGAUUCAAAUUCAAAGUUGAUUCCUACACAAUAAUUUUCAAAUGGGUAGUAACUUUAAUUGAGAUGGAAUUUUUGGAAGGUUGUCCAUAAUAUCUGUUUGCAUCUGUUUGCAGUUUCUCCUGUUCUUUGUUUUACAGGAUUCAUAACGAGACGUACACGUACUGUAGGAGGUUAGCCUUGAGCUUUCCAAAACUCUGGUCAUGUAACAUGUAACAUGGUCCAUUUGCUUAUCCAACCCUUUGUCUUAAUGCAUCUUUGAAAAGCCACACAAUACUCAUCUGAGUAGAUCUUUGAGCUUGCUAAACAAUCACACUAAAAAAUUCACUUUCUUUUCUUAAUUGAUUGGGUUGGUUUGGGGAUAUUAUAGGAAAAACUUUCAUGUUAAUCACUUCUGGGAGUUAAAGAGUUAGUUAACUUUAAGAGAUCUGUCAUGAGCUUGGGACCAAAAAGUGUUCACACCUUCAAAUCAUGUACAUGUAGUCACUUUUUGUUUGACCUUACAUUUUGCUUACUUUUAUUACUCAUUGCUUAGAGUUUGGAAGAAAAAUACAAUGCCCAAAAGAAGGUGAUUCAAGCCCUAGAAUCUCAUAUUUUACAUGUGCAGUCAGUGGAAAGUGGAAAAAAGGAGGAAAUGGAGCGCAACCCCUAACUAUUCAACUUAUUUAAGUAAUUAAAGUGUUAGACCCUAACUUACUUAAAUUAAUAUUUAUUUUUUACCAGUAGGAUACUCAAAACAGGUCUCAUACUGCAGCUUGUUCUCUAAGCUGACUGGUUAGAACGUUUACUGCUGUAGUUAAUUUAUCUCUGGAUUUCCAGCACAGAGAAACUUUCAUGUGUGUGUUAACUUAAUUUGCCUUACUUACUGUGUAAGAGAGUCUACAACUGAGACUGCUUGAUUUAAGAAUCAUAUUCACUAUUCUUAUAGUAUUAGUACAUAUACUGUAACUGGCCUAAGUACCAGGCCCUCUUUCACUGCACAUCCUACUAAAUUGAAGAGUUUGUUUGCUUUGAAAUUUUCCCCUUCUAUUUGCAACCAGAGAAAAAGUAAAUAACUUGCUAGCCUUGUUUUCUUGGUCGGUACUGUAAGUUACAAUGCAAACCUCAAACUUGGUUAGUUAGUAAGAGGAAUGUAUUCUUCUCUUCCCUAAUGGUAGACCACUAUUUUACAUUUAUGUAGAUUAUGUCAUGUUCUUAAUGCUUUUAAUUCUGAUCCAAUUUUGUGAUCAUCUUGUAAGACAUUGUAUGUUAACUUCAUAGGUUUGUUUUAUAGAUCAAUAUUUACAACAGGGAGGAGUUUGUGAAAAAAAAAGUAGCACUCCACCUCUGCAGCUUCCACACUUCAAACGUUUUGGCAAGGACAUGAAAAAUUGAGGGUCUUCUUGGGGUUUUUGUAACAGCACAAUUCUGAACUCUGUAUAGUCCAGACUUAUAUUUGCGAAACAUGUUGUUAUACUUAUUUGUAAUGUUCUUUCUUGCCAGUUUGAGGAUAGUUUCAGAAUGUCUUGCUUGUAGUUAGUUGCUUUUGCUGGCAUUCAUGUUACUUAGUGUAGGAGUGAAACAGAGCUUGAUAAUUUUAUGUGUGGCACCCAGCAAAUUACCCCUGCUUAACUUUUGAUGAAGUUUACUUUUAUCACCAUUACUUUCUUAUAUGUACAGGAAGAGCUUAUUUUUGAGUCGUUAAAUCUCAUCAUUUAGAGAAGUAAGGUUUACUUUUAAGGAUAACAGGUCAUCAGUCAUGCUCCAGAAAACAUCAGUCUACUUUCCAUGUACAUAAUGGUGUACUUUAAGAUUGUCAAUUUUUUGCUCUGCAAUAUUUGAACAAUGUUCUUGCAAAGCUUUUACAAUGUACAUGGGUAUUGUUCCUGGAAAUUAGCUUCAAUGGACAGUGUGGAAAGAGGUGGAAAUAGAUAUUGUACUGUAUUUGAAACUCUUUAGGACUCUGAUACUUAUUGUUUCAAAGAACAGAUAAAAAAAGAGCAUUGACUUGAAAAGGAGAAACUCAAAAUACUGUGCUGCUGCAUGGAAACCUACUAAGUUAUUUAGAAUAUGAUUUUUAUAUAGUUAAUAAUGAUGCGAAAUUUUGUAUUAUCAGGAAAAAGCUGUAAUACCAUACAAUUUGCCCUUCUUUGCAAAGAAGUGCUAAAAAAAAUCCGAAAAUUUUAUCUUUAUAUUUUUCUGCUUGGACA